CAUGUCGAGGGCAGGAAGCAAACCCCAAAGCAUUCUGUAAGUUUCACCAUUAUGCUCAAACUAACUAAAGCUGAACUCUCACCAAGGUGAGAAUCUCCAUAAUUUAUUCCUUCAUGCAGGGUUCCACCGUAUUCUAUGUUAUUCAAUAGAAUCCUACGUCGAAAUAUAUAUAACCCUUUCCAAAGAGAUUCUUCCUCUUUAAUACAGAAAAGAAUAAGUAGAUCGAGGUAGUGGAGCAAUGGAAAAUUUCAGCAAAUUGUCAGAAGGGAUGGUCGUGCGAAUCCUAUCACGAUUGCCUCCUAAAUCUCUGAUUCGAUUCAGAUGCGUCCGUAAGUUGUGGUACAAUGUAAUCAAUAGUCCUAACUUCGUAGCCAAGAACCUUACUACUUCCAAGCACAAUAAGUUCAGUUCAUCCACUUGCAUUCUUGCCAAGCAUACUGUCCUCAAGGACAGCAACAUUAAGGAUAGGAAUGAAAUUUUGGAAGUCCUCAGGGACAACAGCAUAGAAACAAAGAAAAUUUUACUCUCAUUGUGUAACCUUUGCAACGACAACGAUGGUGAUGACCCUAAUCUUAAUUAUGUAGUCGACGACUUCACCGUUCCGCUUCCUUUAGGUCUACUUCCAUUUAGUCUAGAGAUUGCAGGUCAUUGUGAUGGGAUCAUUUGUCUAAAUAAUUCAUUUCUUGAUGACAUAGUCUUGUGCAAUCCAGCAACCAAAGAAUCCAAACUUCUUCCUAAGUCCUGUCUUCUUCUCCCUCCUCGACAUCCAAAUGACUACGAUGAAAUAGAGUCUGAUGUAAAUGCUGUUGGAUUCGGCUACGAUUCCAAAGUUCAAGAAUACAAGGUUGUUAGAAUUAUAUCAUUUAUUACUGGGGUUCAUAAACCACUUCCUUCGAAAGCAGAAGUAUAUACCAUUGGCACUAAUUCUUGGCGAGAGAUCAAGGCUCAAACUGAAAGUCAUGUUUUCUGGGCUCCUUCUUUUAAGUUGUUCUUGAAGGGAUUUUAUUUUUGGUGGGCAUCAAUCUGCCCACCAGAGCAGGAAAUCAUCCUCUCAUUUGAUAUGAAUGAGGAGCUGUUUCAUGAUAUAUAUAUUCCAGAGAGUGUCCGUCAUGACAUAGUUCGAUGUAAUAGAGGUCUUGCAGUGUGGAAAGAGUCCAUUGCUCUUUUGGCUUACGGUGGAGACAGUGGAGCUCAAUCUUUUGACAUAUGGGUAAUCGAUGACUUCGGUGUCUUUAAGAGUUCAUGGAUAAAAUACUUAACCAUCGGACCUCUAGAAGGCAUUUCGAUUCCAUUGAUAUUUUGGAAGAGUAACGAGUUUCUUAUGGCUGCCACUGAUGGACGUCUAGUGUCCUAUAACCUUAGCACCCAAAUGUUCAAGUAUCUUCCUAUUCAUGGGGUGGAAGAUCCACCAUAUAUUCAAGCCGUUGUUUAUGUAAAUAGUAUUGUUUCGGUCCAUGCAAGCAACAAACUUGAGGGCAUAAAUAACUCUAGCUAGUCCAAUAGGCAAUAAGGAAGAUUUCAGAACUACAUAAUGAUGACAUUUUCAACCCAAAAAACAAAUGACGGCUUCCUCUACAUAUUUAUAUUUUUUUUGAAACAUUCUCAUAUAAGGAUUGUUUGUUCUUUGUAGCAUAUGAACAAUUAUUAUUGUAGUU